ACUUUCCGCUGCGUUUCUGAUAAAUCUCUUGUCUGUUCGAGACGCAUCUGCAAUUUUAAGAUACCCACACUCUUGGCAUUUGCCAGAACAACGGGAGCGAUUCAACCUUGACUACCUACGUGCAGGACAUCGUUGCACACCGUGACAGUAAUCAUAUAAAACGAACCGAGUCUCGCUCUUUCUUUAAGCACCGUCCCUACUUCAGUAGGUACCUGGAUAGCUUACCUGCAGCAAGCACGUGGGGUAUUCUACCUACAAGGACACCGACCCCUGCCAAGAUUCAAGACGACGAAGCAAAAGAGGAAAAAGAACGACGACAACGAUAACCCCCGACGAGAAUCAACUAGCGAACGAAUCAUAUAGCAUCAUGGAUUCAGAUAUCCCUAACGGGGCCACCAAUGGCGACCCCAUGAGCCAAAUCCAAUACAUUCCCCUAUCCUACGACUCGUCCAAUGAUUCCUCAAACGAUGACUCCUCCGCUCGACGGCUCAUCCUCGCCCUACGACCCGAAUGGUCAAGCCCAGACUCGAAAGUUGAAUUCGUGCGCUUCACCGACGGAAUUACAAACACGCUACUCAAGGCUGUCAACCGUAAACCGGGAUUGUCGAAGGCGCAGAUCGACAGUGAGGCUAUCCUGCUGCGAGCCUACGGGCAUGGUACAGAUGUCCUCAUAGACCGGCACCGCGAAACACAGAAUCACGAACUGCUUAUGAAGUAUGGUCUAGCACCGAAAUUACUGGCCCGAUUUGAAAAUGGCAUGAUGUACCGAUUCAUACAAGGCAAGGUGUGCCAGCCUGCCGACCUACGCGAGCCGUCGAUAUAUCUUGCCGUGGCGCGACGCAUAGCUCAAUGGCACGCUACCGUGCCUUGCCUACACGAGACGAACACGGGAAGUAAUGGGGUCACAAAUGGCCAUCACAGCCCAUCUAUCGACCUUAUUGCACCGGGCAAACCCCCACCGAACGUAUGGACCGUUAUGCAGAAGUGGAUAAGAGCACUACCUACCAAGACAGAAGCGCAGCUCAAGAGACAGUCAGAGCUUCAGGAACAGCUCUCGUGGCUUGUUAGGGGGUUAAGCCAGCGUCCCGGACUGGGAAAGAAUGGGCUUGUCUUCGCCCAUUGCGAUCUAUUGAGUGGAAACGUCAUUAUCGAGCCAAAAGGGCCCGGGACCAACGUGAAUGGAGCUGGCGACAUACGUGAGGUGUGUCAAAACACCCUGCAGCAGCAGCCUUCGGUGAGCUUCAUCGAUUACGAGUAUGCAACGCCGUCGCCGGCCGCCUUCGACCUCGCGAACCACUUUGCCGAAUGGGGUGGCUUCGACUGCGACUACAGGGUGCUGCCGACGCGAGCGCAGCGGCUCGAGUUCAUCCGCGAGUACAUCCAUACCUACUUCAGCCUGGUUAAACCCCCCGCAGAAGGUGAUGAGAGCAGCAGUGUUGACGAGGAAGCCGAGUCGCAGAGACUGCUCGCCGAAGUGGACAUGUUCCGGGGCGUGCCAGGCUUCUACUGGGGGAUAUGGGCUCUGAUCCAAGCCACCAUCUCUCACAUCGACUUCGAUUACGCCCAGUACGCCGUCGUCCGACUGGGCGAGUACUGGGCGUGGCGAGAUGCGAUGGACGGGAAGCACGAUAAGGAGGUCCCGUUACGCGAGCAGAGAUGGGCGCAGGUAGAGUGAAAGGUCGAGAGUUAGGUCAUGACGAAAGGGAUUUAAUAAUAGCAACAGCAACAUCCACGCAAUUACUGCAGCUUUUGACUCACCCUAGGAAAUACAUGAUAGAGGAGCGUUGGACCCAAUAUUCUUACGCCCUUGUGUCGUGCUUGAAUCCCGCUGAAUAAGGGGCAAGCAAGAAAGUUUUGGAUUAGGAUUCCUUCGUCCAUUCAUUCAUUAAGGCACAUCUGUUUCUUCCUGCCUAUCCUAUCCGAUCAUAAUA